UUCCAGUGGCGACACAUCGUGAUAUUUGUGGACGAAUCAGAAACUUCAGAGAAUGCUCUUCGGCGGAGCUUAAAUCUAAUCAUGAGAGAAACGAAUUUUCAGGUCUAUCCUGUGUACAAAGAGUUUGUAUCAUCUGCCUCUCCAAAUUAUAAGCAAAUGUUGAGAGAAGCUAGUAAUCAUGCAAGAGUUUUCGUCCUUCUGGCCUGUGGAAACGUCGUGAGAGAAAUACUGCUUUCUGCUUAUGAUUUAGGUAUGGGAAAUGGAGAAUAUGCAUUUCUCUCAGUUGAAUUAUUGAAGCAUAAAGACGGAAGUAAGCAGUUCUCCUGGUAUAUAGAAAGUGACAAGAGGAACAAGGAUGCCCGCAACAUAUAUGAAUCCCUCAUGAUCAUAUCUGUUCGUGUUCCAGUUCGGAAAGAAUAUCAAGAAUUUAUAAGAGAUGUUCAAGAAGUUUCCAGAAGACAAUUCUCAGUAGUUCUAGAAGCAGCCGCGAUCAAUCCGAUUGUUGGGUCAUUCUACGACUGCACUCUCUUGUAUGCGUAUUCCCUGAAUAAAACUAUAUCAGAAGGAGGAGAUCCAAAUGAUGGAGAAGCUGUUGCAAGACAGUCCUGGAAUUCUACUUUCUUUGGGGGUAAUGACUUCUUUGGCGGUAAAGACAUAAGGCUAACGGGAGACAUAGUUAUUAAUGAAAAUGGAGAUCGUGAGGCUGACUAUACUUUAAAUGACAUGGAUCCCUAUACUGGUAUUAUGGUGCCCGUUGCCACCUACUUUGGAGCGCGAAAGGUUUAUGAUAAAAUAGAAAAUGCGGAAAUCAACUGGCCAGGAAAACACGGCCCUCCCUUAGACAUACCAGUGUGUGGCUUUGCAGGAAAUGCCCCGGAAUGUCUUCCUAGAACCGAAUUUCCUCUCGAAGGAAUAGUAAUCUGUAUCAUUGCUGCUCUGGCAGUUUUGUUAUCCAUAAUUGGAUUUUUUGCAUACAAGAAAAUUAUCCUAGAAACGCAACUGGCUGAUCUUUGGUGGCGAAUCGAGUGGACGGAUCUCGAGUUACUGGAUUCUUGUCAUUUAGGUUCCAGCCUUAGUUUUGCGAAGAGUCACCACAGCAAGUCAACGCCUACUAAAAAAUCUUCAGAUGGGGGAAGUACCGUGCCAUCUACAACUGGUGGCCAUGUUGCUAUAUAUAAGGGCAUGAAAGUCUCUAUUAAGUAUAUAAAUGUUAACAAGGUUCAGCUGUCUAGAAGCUUGCUCUUGGAUCUUAAAUUAAUGCGAGAAAUGACCCAUGAAAAUCUUCUGAGAUUCGUAGGACUCAGCAUAACGGAGCCAAACUUUGCCAUUGUUUACGACUAUGCUACCAGAGGUUCUUUAUUUGACAUUCUGGCAAACCAAGCAAUUAAUAUAGACUGGGUGUUUAGCUGUUCCAUCAUCACAGAUAUUGCUGAGGGAAUGAAUUUCAUUCACAGCAGUAAAAUAGAAUAUCAUGGAUGCUUAAGUUCCGAAAAUUGUCUCAUAGAUGGACGCUUUGUUGUCAAAUUAAGCGAUUACGGUCUUCGAGAGUUAAAGAAACAGUUACCUCAGUCCGAUUCUGAAGAUGCCAGUACUCUAUUGUGGACUGCUCCAGAACAUCUGCGUCGAAAAUAUCCUAGGCUUGAGGGUUCGAAAAAAGGUGACGUGUAUUCUUUUGCAAUCGUGCUUCAAGAGGUUGUCACAAGAAGAGGUCCCUUUGAACCAGCUGAAAAUGCUGGAUUGCAUCCCAGUUACAUUAACCCUGAAGAUAUUCUAGACCAAUUACGAAUGGGUACUACACCGCCUUACCGUCCAGAGAUCACAGAAGAUGAAUGCCAGGUGGAUAUGCUGGAUCUCAUCAAAAUGUGUUGGGAAGAAGAUCCUGAAGCUAGGCCUAGCUUUCCAGAAAUAAAACACAAGUUAAGAAGAAUAACAAAGGGCAUGUCAAGUAAAAAUUUUCUGGACAACCUUCUGAACAGGAUGGAGCAAUAUGCCAAUGAUUUGGAAAGCUUAGUGGAUGAAAAGACCCAAUCCCUUUACGAAGAAAAGAAGAAAACAGACGAAUUGCUUUACCAAAUGAUUCCCAAAUACGUAGCCGAUGAACUCAAAAAAGGUUGUCACGUGAAACCAGAGUUUUUCGAAUCUGUUACCAUUUUCUUCAGCGACAUUGUAGGUUUCACUGAACUCUCAGCUCAGAGUACUCCUUUACAGGUUGUGGAUCUUUUAAAUGACCUGUACUCUUGCUUCGAUUCGAUUAUUGAAAAUUUUGACGUUUACAAGGUCGAAACUAUAGGCGAUGCUUACAUGGUGGCAUCAGGAUUACCUGUGAGGAAUGGCAAUAACCAUGCAAGGGAGAUAGCUCGUCUGGCAUUGCGUCUUGUCUCUGCUUUAGGUGAUUUUCGCGUUCGACAUAUGCCCAACCGAAAACUUAAAAUUCGGGUGGGGAUCCAUUCAGGUCCAUGUGUUGCAGGCAUUGUAGGACUUAAAAUGCCAAGAUACUGCUUAUUUGGUGAUACAGUCAACACUGCUUCAAGAAUGGAAUCAACAAGUGAAGCCAUGAAAAUUCAUGUUAGUCAUCAAGCAAAGACAAUACUUGAUGAUUUUAAAACAUUUGUCAUAGUACCAAGAGGAGAAAUCGAGGUCAAAGGAAAAGGAAUGAUGAAAACUUAUUGGCUGGAGAAUGAAUUAGAAAAACCAAAUUUUUAGAAGUGAUUAGUAUAGGUAAGAUACAUACAUAUAAGCACCAGCACCUGCAUAAGGAUUCAAGACCGAAUUUUGUAACAAGAUAAUAAUUUGUAAUCUUAAACACCAUCACUAAAAUAGUUAUGUCUGUGCUUUUGCCAUUAACAGAAUUUACCUAUGAAAGCAAUAUACUAGGCAUGCAAUUAAUAUUUAUGAAAUGAAUACAGAAUAUUAAUAUAAUUUCAAUAUAUUAAAAAUAUAAUGAAAGAUAAUGAGAUAAAACUUCAAAAAUUAUGUGUAUGCAGGGGGGGGAAGAAAAAAAUUUCUUUUUUAGCAUUCUUUGUGGUGAUAUAAGUAACUACCACACAGCAUGUUUUUAAAUGAAAUUUUUCUAUUUUGUAGAUCAUAAAAAUGUAUCAAACUUUUAAUGCAAUUAAACAGUGAAUAAAUCUAUAGAUAGAUAAUUUUAAUCAUUACUUCAUCUUAGCCGUGCUUUAUUUAAUGAAUUCAAAUAUAUAUAAAUAAAACU